AUCCUACCGCGGAGCUGCUGCAGAACAACCCCUGCCUGGCAGAGUUCCUCGCCUCCGUGCUGGCGCUGCCCGAGCCCAGCCCCAGCAUCCUCUCCUUUGCGCUGCGGUUAGCUGGGACGCUUGCUGCUUCCGAAAGCCGCUUCCAACACCUGCAGCAGGAGAAGCUGUUGGUCAGGCUCUUUGGCGGGGAUGGGCCUCUGAACAGCGCACUGUGGGAAGAUGCAUCAGUGCGAAGCGGCUGGUUGGAGGGUGUGCGCAGCAUGAUGUAUCAUCAGCCUGCCCUCGACUUCCUCUGCAAUGGUGGAGGCAUAGAUGUGAUCUUCACUCUGCAAGGGGAUCCCAGCCUGUUCGUGGCUUCAGCUGCCAGUCAGCUUCUGGUGCACAUGUUCACCCUCUCUGUAGAGUCUGAAACAACUGAACCUCUCAGUACAAAGAACUGUGACUGGCCAGUGUGUGCCCAAAUGAUUAUAAAGCAUAUAGAAGAUUCCCUUCGCUCCAGAUCUGCCUCUCACAUCGAGCAAUCAUUAAAACUGUUAACUAAUUUAUUUGGCAGUUGUCAUGCUACGUGGACUGAAGUACUUUGGUUAGGUGUAGCAAAGCAAAUAGAAUCCUUUUUGAUGGAAGAGACUGUUCAAGUACAGCACAUGUUGGCAAAUCUUUUCCUUAAAAUGGCACGGUCCCCUGUGUUUUCUGGCACUGAAAGCAGUUUUUGGGCAUUAGUGACUUCUGCUCUGGAACACUUAACUCCAGUACAAGCAGGUCCUUUGGCAGUGGGAAUUCUGAGGCUCUACAAAUGCCCACAAGAUGUGAGGAUUCAGGCACUGACUGUUCUACUUCAGCCAAUGGACUGUAUUUUGAGAGCAGCCUCACAGCCUCUGGAAUAUGCAGGUUUGUUGGAUGAGUCUGUUAGUGAUCCCACCACUGUUGAAAGUCUUCUGUCCUCCAAGUCAACUUGUGUUAGUCUUCUGUGUCAGACCCUCGCUCAUCUGGAGGAGCUGCUGUCUCUGAUUCAUUUGCCGGUGGAUUUACCCUAUACAUCCUUGCUACACUCUCUCAUGACAAUAUUACAAUUUUGUAAUGGCUUCCUGAGUCCAGCUUCUCCUCUGGGAAGCACGAUAAGCCGAUUCUUGAUCAAUUGCUUCAGAAUACAGAGGUCAGCUCUUGAUGUUGUAGCAGCACUCUCAGAGCGAAAAGGCUGUGAUGCACUCAUAGGAAGCCUAUUUGAUGUCCUUCUGGCAUACCUGGAGAGUCCAAACACCAGCCCUACUGUUCUAAAGAAAACAUUCCGAGCUACAUCCCAGUGGUUGGUGCGCUUGCAGGAACUGUCCUGCUCCAACAGUCGGUGGCAAAAAACUGAGAUUUUGGAAGAUGUGUUUCGGGUGCUGCAGAAGCGUUUAUGCAGUCCUUGCUGGGAAGUAAGAGAUUCUUCUCUGGAGUUCGUCACUGUCCUGAUUCAAUACUUGAGAGACCAGGAUGAGUUCAGGCAGUCUCUCCUGUCUUCGGAGGUGCCGAGACUUACAGAAAAUCUUCUUGAGGAUUCGGAAAGCUAUGUGCGAGCGAGUGCUGUGACUGCUGUGGGACACUUGGCCUUCAUUACUUACUUUGCUCCAGAGUCACCUGGCGUAGGGAAUCAGUAUAAUAAGGAGCACAUUUUUGCAAAGCUUCAAGAAAUCUUGUCCACGGACCCAGAGGGCUUUCCUAGGAGGGCUGUGAUCAGCAUCUUCACUGAGUGGCUGAGCCAAGGCUGCACAGGUCAGCUGGAAGAUACAGAGCAGUUUGUCUCUAGAGUGAUCCAGACUGUGGAGCAUGACUUAGACUGGGAAGUCAGACUUCGUGGUUUGGAACUGGUUAGAAUUUUCUGUACUCACACAGUUUGCCAACUUGGCCUUCCUACAUGCCCGUAUGCUCCUGUCUCACCUGCAGUCACUAGUUCCAUUCAUCAGAAUAAGACGAUACAGAUAUUUUGCCGAGCAAAAGUGUUUGGCUUUUUGUUUCGGUCUUUGUGUGACUGUGAUAAGCCAGUAGGUCAGAGAGCCUGUGAUAUACUGCUUGGCUUAAGUGGUUAUUUCUGUCCAAUUAGUAGCCUGAAGAAUUCACAAGAGAGUGGAGAUUCGCCUGCAGGACAUGGCAUUGCCUGGUUACAAAGGACACUAAGGCAGGGUUCUCUGGCCCAGAACUUCCCCACAGAUGGUGGUAAUGGGGUGGAUUUUCAAGAUCCAGAGAGCAUGAUGCUAGCUUUGGGUACAAUAGACUUCGUAGAGCUGCGUGAUGAACUAAAUAAAAGUAGUGACCACGUGGAAAAAAGCCCUCAGUCCCUCUUACAGGACAUCCUUGCUACUGUGGGGACUGUAGAGGAGAAUGAAGCUGACUGUUACUGA